GCCGGGCCCGGCGGGCGGGCGGGCCGGGGGCUAGCGAUGCGCGGGAGGGUGAGUGCGCGCAGGUCUGCAGGCGGGGAGGGGUCCGCCGGCGUCCGGGGCCUGGCCCGCUCUGCUGCUCCCGGCGAGCUCCGUGCACGAGUGAGGGGCUGCAUGUAAGGCGUCCCGGGUUCCAGAAAAUGCGGGGGGGAGCCCGGGUUAACUCUGGCUGCGGACAGUAGGCGUGCGGAAGUGUAACUUGCAACUUUGUGUUAGCUUUGGACUCCCCUGGAGCGUUUCUUUGCUUUGCUUUGCUUUUUUUCUCUUUCCUUUUUUUUUUUUUCUAAAUCCCAAGUUGUAUUGCUUCUUGUAGUCCGAAUUGUGAGGUGGCUCCAGUGACGAGCCCUUCUUGUUGUUUAAAUGACCAGUAUGCGGAGUCCCGAGUUUUAGCCUCCCAGAAUUGACUGUUUUGGUUGUAUUGGCGAAUCACAGCCCUCCUAGAUGGUGAAUGUUUGAAUGAUGCACUAUGUUUUUUGUUUACAUGAGACCUUUCUGGAGAAUGACUAAUUUUCAGAGUUAAGGGAAAUCAGCCUUGCUAUCUCAUGAGGUUCCCUAAAAAAUAUUUUAGAAGCUGAAGGCAUUUCAAGCAGAUACAGGAUUUGAUGAAGCAGAAAGAACAUGGGCCUGGGGUUUGGAAAGCCAAACCCUAGCUGCUGAUGACCCUGGGAAAGUGGACCUUAGUUCUGUUUCCUAGAACAUGAGAAGAUUGUACUGUUUGAAUUUAGAACUCAGAAAGUUGGAGGCGAUCUACGAGCCCUCCAAGAAAGAGUUUGGGAAUGUUCUUCAUUGUUGUCACUUUUCCUCCAACAAUAUCCUGGUGUGGAAGUCAUUGGUCCAAAAGGAAUUUGACUCCGUACAGAAACUGGAGGAAAGUUAAUGCAAGUAGAGAGAAACAACUCUAUUUCUGCCUUAGUAAUAAGCCUACCAACAGAUUCUGCUACAAGUUUUGGAGGCAAAAAGAAUGAGUAUAUGUACCCUAAGUGUUCCCGUUUCUUCACUUUCUCCCGGCAGAAGAUGCAGCGCUUUUAGCGGUGCUGGGGUUUUGGGCUGUAUUUCUGUUAAUUCCAAUACAGAUGAAGAAGAGGUGGUAGAAGGAAAGAUGGUAGCAGAAGGAAUGGAUAAAGAGGCAAAAUUGCCUGCUAAAAAGAAAAGAAAGAAGGGUUUGCGAAUUAAAGGGAAAAGGCGACGGAAAAAACUGAUCCUUGCAAAAAAGUUUAGUAAGGAUUUGGGAUCAGGGAGGCCUGUCACAGACGCUCCUGCUCUGCUGUCUUCCAACGCCGCUGAGCAGGAUGAGGAAAGCCUUUUCGAGAGCAAUAUAGAGAAGCAGAUUUACCUACCUAGUACGAGGGCUAAGACCUCCAUCGUGUGGCACUUCUUUCACGUGGACCCUCAGUAUACCUGGCGGGCUAUCUGUAACCUCUGUGAGAAAAGUGUUAGCAGGGGCAAGCCGGGCAGCCAUCUUGGGACGUCCACCCUCCAGCGGCAUCUCCAGGCAAGGCAUUCACCUCACUGGACCAGGGCCAACAAAUUUGGAGUCACUAGUGGGGAGGACGAUUUUACUUUGGAUAUGCCUUUGUCUCCCUCCUCUGCCGGAAGCAAUGGAAGCUUUGAAUAUAUCCCUACGGACCCGUUGGAUGAUAAUAGACUGGGUAAGAGAUGUAAUAAAACAGUAUCUGAUGCCCUGAGGGCAGAGAGAGGGAGAUUUCUCAUCAAAAGUAACAUUGUCAAGCAUGCCUUAAUUCCUGGAACUAGAGCCAAGACAUCUGCAGUUUGGAAUUUUUUUUAUACUGAUCCUCAGCACAUCUCGAGAGCUGUGUGCAAUAUAUGUAAAAGAAGCGUCAGUCGGGGUAGGCCAGGUUCCCACUUAGGAACUUCAACACUCCAACGACACCUGCAGGCCACACAUCCCAUUCACUGGGCUGUUGCCAACAAAGACAGCAGCGGCGCUCUUGGAAACGGGCUGGAUGAGGUGGAAACUGAGAGGAACGAUCUCUUGAGUGACACUUUGCAGGGAGAGAAGUCGACAGGUAGCCAGGAUUUAACAGUUGAGGACCUCAGUGAGACUGAUUCAGAAGAACCUCCUUUGUUAGAGGCUGCAAAUCGGAGAUCCGAGAGUCCUGUUCGUGUUGCAGAGGAAGAUGUUGUGAUACAUGCACAGGAGAGAGAGCCAGCGUACUGUGGAAAUACUGUCUCAAGUCAAAUAAGUCAGGCAAUUAUUCAAAUGAUUGUGGAGGAUAUGCAUCCUUAUAACUACUUUUCAACACCAGCCUUUCAGAGAUUUAUGCAGAUUGUGGCUCCUGACUAUAGGUUACCAUCUGAGACCUACUUUUUCACAAAGGCUGUACCUCAGUUAUACGAUUGUGUCAGAGAAAAAAUUUUCUUAACUUUGGAGAACGUUCAAAGCCAAAAGAUCCACUUGACUGUGGACAUAUGGACCCAUGACCCAUCCACUGACUAUUUUAUUGUGACUGUACACUGGGUCUCUUUGGAAGCGACACUGUCUUCCAGUGAUGGCAGGGUCCCCGAUUUUAGAAAGUGGGCAGUGCUUUGUGUAACAGGUUUGGCUAAAGACUGUCUAAUAACCAAUAUUUUACAAGAAUUAAAUGACCAGAUUGGUCUUUGGCUUUCUCCUAAUUUCCUCAUCCCUAGCUUCAUUGUUUCUGACAAUUCCUCCAAUGUGGUACACGCAAUCAAAGAUGGUGGUUUUACCCACGUGCCAUGUCUUCUGCAUUGCUUAAAUAUAGUCAUUCAGGACUUUUUCUGUGAACACAAGAGCAUUGAGAAUAUGUUAGUGGCCGCCAGGAAAACUUGUCACCAUUUUAGUCACUCAGUCAAGGCCCGUCAGAUACUGCAAGAGUUCCAAAAUGAUCACCAACUUCCAUGGAAGAAUCUGAAACAGGAUGAAACUGGCCACUGGAUUUCUACCUUUUAUAUGUUAAAGUGGCUCUUGGAGCAUUGCUACUCUGUCCACCACAGCCUCGGUAGAGCCAGUGGAGUUGUGCUUACCUCCCUUCAGUGGACUCUGAUGACUUACGUUUGUGAUAUUUUGAAGCCAUUUGAGGAAGCCAUCCAGAAAGUGAGCGUGAAGACCACAGGAUUGAAUCAGGUGCUACCCCUAAUCCAUCAUCUACUCCUUUCCCUGCAAAAACUCAGAGAAGAUUUUCAAGUCCGAGGUAUUACUCAGGCACUCAACCUGGUGGACAGUUUAUCUCUGAAACUUGAAACUGAUACCCUACUAAGUGCCAUGCUCAAGUCUAAGCCCUGUAUCUUGGCUGCUUUGCUAGAUCCCUGUUUUAAAAACAGUUUGGAGGACUUUUUCCCUCAAGGUGCUGAUUUAGAAACUUACAAGCAUAUUCUCGCAGAAGAAGUUUGUAGUUACAUGGAGUCCUCGCAGGUCAGCCACAUUGCAACUUCAGAGUCUUCGGGGUCCUCCGCGGUAGUCACAGCCGACUCCUUUACCUCUUCCUUACGAGAAGGCGCCUCUAGUUCAGGAUCUAUUGAUAGCUCAGCUGCAAAUAAUUUUGCCAUGGGAAGCAAAAGCUUCAUGUUUCCUUCAGCUGUGGCCGUAGUGGAUGAGUAUUUCAAAGAGAAAUAUUCAGAGCUCUCGGGCGGUGAUGACCCUUUGAUUUACUGGCAGAGGAAGGUGAGCAUCUGGCCUGCUUUGACCCAAGUUGCCAUUCAGUAUCUGAGCUGCCCCAUGUGUAGUUGGCAAUCCGAGUGUAUCUUUACUUCAAAUAGCCUCUUUCAUCCAAAGCAAACCAUGAGCCUGGACUUUGACAAUAUAGAACAGCUGAUGUUUCUGAAAAUGAACUUGAAAAAUGUUAACUAUGAUUAUUCUACGUUGGUCCUUAGCUGGGAUUCCGAGAAUGAAGUAGUUCAAAACAGUGAGAAAGAAAUAUUAUCUUAAUUUCUUUUCCUCUC